AUGACGGCGGCGGUGUUCUUCGGCUGCGCUUUCAUCGCCUUCGGGCCUGCGCUCGCCCUCUACAUCUUCACCAUCGCCACAGAGCCGCUGCGCAUAAUCUUCCUCAUAGCCGGCGCUUUCUUCUGGUUGGUGUCUCUGCUGCUCUCCUCCCUCAUUUGGUUCCUGGUGGAAACCAUCAAUGGCCACAAAGAGGGACCAGUGCAGAAAUACCUGCUUAUCUUCGGGGUGCUGGUCUCAGUCUUUAUCCAAGAAGGCUUCCGGUUUGCAUACUACAAGCUAUUAAAAAAAGCCAAUGAGGGUUUGAAGGCUAUAAAUCCGGAUGAGACGGUACCCUCUAUGCGAUUGCUGGCAUAUGUUUCUGGCUUAGGCUUUGGAAUCAUGAGUGGAGUGUUCUCCUUUGUGAAUACACUGUCAGACUCCCUGGGGCCAGGCACUGUGGGCAUCCACGGAGAUUCUCCCCAGUUCUUCCUUAAUUCAGCUUUCAUGACUCUGGUGAUCAUUCUGCUGCAUGUCUUCUGGAGCAUUGUGUUUUUUGAUGGCUGUGAGAAGAAAAAGUGGUCCACACUGCUUGUUGUUCUCCUGACCCAUCUACUCGUGUCAGCCCUGACCUUCACAAAUCCUUAUUAUGGGGUAAAUCUGGUGGUGUCAUACACAAUCAUGAUGGCCAUGGGCGUCUGGGCAUUCUUUGUGGCUGGAGGCUCCUGCAGAACCUUGAAGCUCUGUCUGCUCUGCCAGGACAAGGACUUCCUUCUUUUCAACCAGCGCUCCAGAUAA